AACAAAUUUUGGUGUCGUUUAGCGAUUCCAUUACUAUGGGAAAAUCCAUUUUCAAUUAUUGAAAAUUCAAUUUCUACUAGAAAUUAUAACUUUAUUGGAAUUUACCUACAUAAUUUAAAUGGUGAAUUAAAAACAAAAUUUAAUGAAUAUAAAAUUAAUGAUAAUUUAUUAUCUUCAAACACACUUUUCAAUUAUCCUAGUUUUAUUAAAUAUUUGAAUACGUGGGAGUUUAUUUCUUCUGCCAAAAGGUGGUCUGAAGAUGUUUUUAGAACUUUAGAAUCCAAAUAUAAGUCUUCUUUGGAAGAUUUAGGUUCAGAAUCCGAUUUUGGAAUAUUAAUUCAAACAUCACUAUUAAAAAUAUUUAUUGAAAAUGAAAUAAAUAUACAUACUCUUGAAAUCGAGACAAAAUCUUAUUUUGAUAUAUAUUUUGAAGAUUUUCUUGAAUUAAUUUUACAAAAUACAAAUUUCAUUCACAAUAUUAAAAAUUUAAAACUUUCUGUUUUAAUAAGGAUUUUCUUUUUUAUCAACCAUUAUCAUUAUCAAAAGAUUAUAAUUGUUCAAAUACUUUAA